UAGAUGCGUACACCUACCUUCGUAAAGUAUUUUAAUUAGAUUACCUUCAACUAUCAUCUUGCGGGAUUCGAAAUUUUCUACUCUAUUCCAUUAUUAUCCCGACCUUCGAACUCGAACCUCUACCUAAAUCUCGACACCUAUUCUAGCAAUAUAUCCAAUAUGGCGACACCGAAGAAGAAGAUCGCCGUCAUGACCUCCGGAGGUGACUCCCCUGGCAUGAACGCCGUUGUUCGAGCUGUCGUACGAAUGGCGAUCCACCUAGAGUGUGAUCCCUAUUGUGUCUACGAAGGCUAUGAAGGCCUGGUCCAGGGCGGUAAUUUCAUCAGGAAGAUGGAAUGGAACGAUGUCCGAGGAUAUCUUUCCGAAGGGGGUACAUUGAUAGGCACCGCAAGGUGUAUGGCCUUCUAUGAACGCCCAGGUCGUCUAACUGCUGCCAAGAACCUGAUCCUCAGCGGCAUUGAUGCUCUCAUUAUUUGCGGUGGCGACGGAUCUCUCACCGGUGCUGACCGAUUCCGAGCUGAAUGGCCUUCUCUACUCAAGGAACUUGUUUCGACCGGUCAGCUUGAAGCAAAGCAGAUCGAACCCUACCAGCACCUUAACAUCGUUGGGCUUGUCGGCUCGAUCGACAAUGACCUUUCUGGAACUGACGCUACCAUUGGUGCUUAUUCCGCCCUAGCACGUAUUUGCGAGAUGGUCGAUUAUAUUGAAGCCACCGCUUCCUCCCACUCGCGAGCCUUCGUUAUAGAGGUAAUGGGGAGGCACUGUGGUUGGCUUGCCCUAAUGGCAGGCGUAGCUACCGGUGCCGAUUUCAUUUUCAUUCCAGAGAAACCUAGGGAAGAUAACUGGAAAGAAGAGAUGAAUCAGGUCAUUAGGAAGCACCGUGACUGGGGAAAACGCAAGACCAUCGUCAUCAUUGCCGAAGGUGCUCUAGAUAGACACGGAACGAAGAUCACACCGGAGAUGGUAAAGGACCUAUUAGCCGACAAAUCAGGCCUAGCCCUCGAUACCCGCAUCACAACCCUCGGCCAUGUUCAAAGAGGUGGCACUGCAGUGGCAUAUGACAGGAUGCUAGCCACUUUACAGGGAGUGGAAGCCGUCAGGGCCGUCCUUGAGGCAACACCGGAGACAGAGACAUGUGUUAUCGCUAUUACCGAGAACAAGAUCGUCCGGAAGCCCUUAAUGAAGGCUGUGCAAGAGACCAAACAGGUAGCCAAGGCUAUCGAGGCACAGGAUUUCGAUAGAGCUAUGGCUCUACGUGAUACUGAAUUCUCCGACCAAUACAAAUCCUAUAUGAUGACUACUACUAUGGGUCUUGAUCAGGACAUACACCUAGAAGACAGCAAACGAAUGAAGAUCGGUUUUAUUAACGUAGGAGCACCUGCUGGUGGUAUGAACGCCGCGAUCCGUGCAGGCGUAGCUUACUGUCGAUCCCGGGGGCAUGAGCCCCUUGCAAUUCACAAUGGUUUCGCUGGCUUUGCUCGACAUCACGGCGACAAACCUCUUGGUGCUGUGCGGCAUUUUGAUUGGUUAGAGGUCGACGGAUGGGCAAGCAAGGGAGGCUCAGAGAUCGGAACGAACCGUGAGCUCCCGGAGGAGUCUGGCAUAGAACUGAUUGCCAAGUUGAUCGAACAGUAUGAGUUUGACGCGCUUUUCUUAAUCGGAGGUUUCGAAGCUUUCCACUCCAUAUCACAGCUGCGCAAAGCUAGGGCCAGGUUUCCCUCGCUUUGUAUUCCUAUGACCUUAUUACCGGCAACCAUUUCGAACAACGUCCCUGGGACAGAAUAUUCUCUGGGAUCUGAUACCUGUCUGAAUGAACUCGUCGCCUACUGUGACAAGAUAAAACAGUCUGCCUCUGCUACUCGGAGGCGAGUGUUCGUUAUUGAAACUCAAGGUGGUCGGUGUGGAUACGUCGCGAUUCUGGGAGGUCUAGGCGUCGGCGCAAGCGCGGUCUACAUUCCGGAAGAGGGUAUCAGCCUAGAGAUGCUCACCGCAGACGUCAAGCACCUAAAAGAAGUUUUCAAGAAGGAUAGAGGUCAAUCACGGGCGGGACGAUUGAUUCUUGUCAAUGAAAAGGCGAGCAAAGUCUUCUCAGCCAAGCUCAUCGCGGAUAUCAUCCGCGAGGAAGCCCACGACCGAUUCGAGUCUCGAGACAGCAUUCCAGGUCAUGUCCAACAGGGUGGUGUUCCCUCAGCUAUGGACAGGUGCCGUGCCGUCAGACUGGCUAUCAAGUGCAUACAGCACCUUGAGAAGUACGGGCCUAAACCCCAAAAGAAUCCCGAGAAAAUCAGCAAGGACCCCUUGAGCGCAUCCGUUAUCGGUAUACAAGGCGCGGAUGUAGUCUUCGCGCCAAUGGAGAUACUAGAGGAGAAAGAAACUGACUGGAAGAACCGACGGCCGACAGUAGCCCACUGGCUAGAUAACAAGGAAGUUGUAGACAUCCUUGGUGGGCGUCCGGCAUACCCAUUGCCGGAUAAGAGCUUAGUCGGACUCAUUGCGAAGGACGCGAAGCGCGGUCUUAUCAAAGAAUAAAAUGGUUAAAAAUGCUGACAGGUGAUGGGCUGGGGCGGGAAUAAGGAACUAGAGCAUCGGGUCGAUACCUGGGUAGAUAGAUUGGGACGGUUAUGCGCGCAUCGUCAUGAUUCUCCUUUACGGCUGAGGAAAUAUAAAUACUCUAUGAUUGCACUUUAU